AUGUCGGCCGGGCCUCUGGAGGAAUACAACGGCACGACCGGUGUUGCCGACACUGGUGGCGACUCGCUGACUGCCGACCUUAAUGUUUACUACUCGUCGGGCGACUUCGCAUGGAUCCUCACCUCCUCGGCCCUGGUCCUGCUCAUGGUCCCUGGCGUGGGCUUUUUUUACAGCGGUCUUGCCCGUCGCAAAUCGGCCCUUGCCUUGAUAUGGCUCUCCAUGAUGAGUAUAGCGGUCGUGGGGUUUCAAUGGUUCUUUUGGGGCUAUAGUUUGACCUUCAGCCACACCGGCAGCGCCUUCAUUGGCGAUCUAUCCAACUUCGGUCUCAUGAAGGUCCUGGGUCAGCCCAGUGUUGGAAGCACCAAGAUCCCUGACUUGCUCUUUUGUCUGUACCAAGGCAUGUUCGCCGCGAUUACGCCCGCCCUCGCCAUCGGCGCCGCAGCCGAUCGUGGCCGAAUGCUUCCUGCCCUCGUAUUCAUCUUCAUCUGGGCAACUAUCGUCUAUGACCCUAUAGCUUACUGGACCUGGAACGCCAACGGCUGGUCCUUCAAGCUCGGCGGUCUCGACUUCGCCGGUGGCACGCCUGUGCACAUUUCUUCGGGAGCUGCCGCUCUUGCCUACUCCCUGAUGCUCGGCAGGCGGACUGGCUACGACAAGACCCACGGCCUUCCAUACCGCCCACACAACGUUACCCACGUCGUUCUCGGCACAGUCUUCCUGUGGGUCGGCUGGUUCGGCUUCAACGGUGGUAGUGCUCUCGCCGCGAACCUGCGUGCCGUGAUGGCUUGUAUUGUAACACACAUUGCGGCCUGCGUCGGUGGCUUCACAUGGUGCCUCAUGGACUAUCGUCUGGAGAGGAAGUGGAGCACUGUUGGCUUCUGCAGUGGUGUCAUUGCCGGUCUGGUCGCUAUCACGCCAGCCUCUGGUUUCGUGCCGGCAUGGGCCGCUGUCAUUUACGGAGUCGUUGGCGGAAUCUCGUGCAACUUGGCCACCAAGAUCAAGUUCUGGCUUGGCAUCGACGACGCGCUCGACAUCUUUGCGGAGCACGCUGUUGGUGGCAUAGUUGGAAACCUCCUGACCGGCCUUUUCGCUGCUGAUUACAUCGCGCAUCUUGACGGAUUCUCUGAAAUCGAUGGCGGCUGGCUCAACCACAACUAUAUUCAGCUGGCCUACCAGCUUGCCGACUGUGUUGCUGGCUUCUCGUGGUCUUUUGUCGUCACCUGUAUCAUCCUCUUCGUGAUGAACCUGAUUCCUGGCCUCAGCCUGCGCGCUUCGCUCGACGAGGAAGAGCUGGGGCUGGAUGAUGCCCAGCUCGGCGAAUUCGCCUACGACUAUGUCGAGCUGAGCCGCACGAUGAACGAUGUGCUCGGGGGCUCGAACGAUGGCCAUAACUCUAGCCGUGGAAGCCUGAAGAACGUGCCAGUCACUCCUCCCGCCAAGAACGACGUUACUGAGAAGAUGGCGUAG